CUUUAUUCAUUUUUCUUUCUCCACGUCAUUUUCUCCCUUUCUCUUUUUGGUUUAAGUUUCAGUGACACGGAGACUCUCUCCAUAUCCAUAGAUUCAAAGAGAAGACACACAAACACACACACAGAGAUAGCUUACUGCUUCUUUCCAUCUUUCACGUCUUCAAUCGCUGAUGGCACUGGUCACAACUGCAGAAAUUUGUGAUGCAAAUCCACAACUAAUUGUGAGUGGUGAGCUCCGGGCACUUAAGCCAAUUUUCAAGAUUUAUGGUCGGCGCCAAGUCUUUUCUGGUCCAGUAGUGACCCUUAAGGUGUUUGAAGACAAUGUUCUGAUCCGCGAGUUUCUUGAGGAGAAGGGUAAUGGCAGAGUUCUUGUUGUAGAUGGUGGUGGCAGUCUGCGGUGCGCAAUAUUGGGAGGCAAUCCUGUUGUACAAGCUCAGAAUAACGGAUGGGCAGGUAUAGUGGUUAAUGGCUGCAUUAGGGAUGUUGAUGAGAUCAAUGGCUGUGAUAUUGGAGUUAGGGCUCUGGCUUCCCAUCCUAUGAAAGCCAAUAAGAAGGGGAUCGGGGAGAAACAUGUACCAAUAACCAUUGGAGGGACAAGAAUCAGUGAUGGUGAAUGGCUUUAUGCCGACACUGAUGGGAUCCUUAUUUCUCGAACCGAGCUAUCUAUUUGAGUCGCCUUCUCCUAGAAAGAUAGCAUUUUCUAAAAGCCAUUAAUGGCAAUUAACUUAUAUAGUAAUGGUUUUUUGUAAGCUUGUGUUCUUGAGCUCAUGCUUGAAUCUUAGAACAUUGUGUAAUGUGCUCUGUACUUGCAAGAAUGAGGUAUUUUAUUCUGUUUGUCA